ACUUCCGCCUUGGUCAAAACAUAAACACGUGCGGAAGUCAACUUUAUACAUGCGAAUAGCGUUCAUAAGCAACGAUGGUGUCCCACCAGUGAAUGGAUUUUGGGAGAGACCAGACCGAAGGGGGAGGCGCUCAUCGACGAUGGUCAUAUUCAAUAACAACACUGACAGCAGUGUUGUCUUAUUCCUUCGCAAAAUGCGGCAGUCUCAGAGGACGUGAACAGUUAAUCAUCAACAACUUGGUUACGCAUUGUUUCCAUUGGUUUCCGUUCCUCUCAUCCUUCUCAAAUACUGACAGUGUCAUCAUUUUCCCUGAAAAUUUCAUUGGAUUGUCCCAUCUAGACUGAAUUAGCUGCUCUCAUGCUGCUGGUAUGCUUGACACGGAAGAACGCAGACACGUCACAUCGUCGCCCGAUUAUCAUUCAGUUUCGUCACCGGGCGACACGUGAAAAGGCACCGCGUAGGUACUCCACUUCAUUCUAUCUACUUUGAUCUAGAAACACAAAGAGAUCCUCAGUCAACAUAUAGAGACAAAUAUAUUGGUGCAUUGUUUCUCAGCAGCUCAUAUCUGUUUUGACAUGGACAGUUGAUUUUAUUCGGACAGUUACAUUGUACAUUGUGUCAUUAAGGUUUAAUGAUCACGUCGGUAUUUUUUAAUGAACGUUAAUUCAUUUGCAUCGAAGGUGGCGUCUACUUUUUAACGCCAGGUCGUGUAAGGUCAACUGUGUCCGGUAAUGUGCCUAGAUAUCACAAGGGAGCACAAGAGUUAAGCUUUCUACAAAUUUAGUUCGGCCAAUGAUUGAUUAGAUUUUCUACGCUGUCAUUCAGCCGAUUUGCAAAGCAGUUCCCUGUUACAGAUGUGCCUUAUCGAAUCAUUGUUCAUUCCGCAAAGGUGACAUUCGUCAAAGCCUCAGAUCUUCGAAAUCAACUCCUGAAUCUUCCUCCUUCAACAUGGUGUCCACCAUUCAAACUUUAACCACUGCCACGAUGCUAGUUGUCAUGACGUCACAUCUUGCCACUGCCAACUUCGACCCUGCGACUGCCAUUGAUUGCUACGUACACACCGGAAUGAAACAUGUGGCGGAAAAAACCGGCUGCGACUCAAGCGUCAUCAACGUCCGGGGUUGCUGGGGUAGAUGUGACAGUUACCAGGUGCCAUCGCUUCUUACCAAACUCUUUGAUGUCAGUCAUCCUGUCUGUACACCGGUUAGCUACAAGAACAUCACGAUAACUCUGGAUAACUGCGCUCCUGGCAUUGACCCGACCUUCUCUUACGUAGAAGCCACCACAUGCGGUUGCAGGAAGGUCAGGGGUGGGGCCGUCCACUACGGCUACAGACCAGACUACUUUCUUCCUUGAGAGUUAGAUUGAUUUCAAUUUAUAAGUUUCCUUUGCUACUGAAAUGUCUGAAUGUGUCGUUGCCUGAAGUCACCACAAUGCAAAAGAAACAUUGAUGGUUGAAACAUGUCCCUGUUUCUUUGCACUUUAGUUGAUAGAAGAAAGGGAAAAGUGCCGGUGCAUUCUCUAGUUUAGGUUUAUUUUCCAUGAUUUCCAUCUUUUCAACGAUUUAAUUGUCAUUAUGGUUUCCGUAGUCGUCAUCAGCAUCACCCAUAUCGUUCUCACGAGUAUUUAUUUUAAGUAAAAGGUGCAAUUGAAUGAUACUAAACAAUGUAUGGUUGGUAUUCUGACAGCGUCCAUAUUAGAUGCAAUUUGCCACAGACACAUUGGACUGCUCCAGUUGUAGUCCAGAACUACUCGAACAAUUCCCGCUUCCUUAACCAGUAUGCAACAUUUUGACCAUGUAGUGGUAGAACAUACAGCCACUUUAAUUUACCCAAUUCUAUUUUUUGCCACGUUUACACUAGAAAUAUGUUACCGUUGAACUAUAAAACAGCGCAACGCCUUCGAGCAUUCCUGCUUUCCCCAAAAAGACAAAAUGAACAUAAUAAUUAAAAUUUCAGUUUAAAAAAGAGUUUGUUAAAAGGUAUAUGUAUCAAAGCUGUUCUACCCUUCAUUUGUGUGCAGCUUACUGUCCUGGAGAAUAGUCUACUUUUCAGUUAAUCCCAAAUUAUUUUGGAUGCGCGAUAAUGGAUUGCUAGUGCUUUCAUCAAGUACAAGAAUAUUGAAUAAGAAUUUAAAAAGUGUGGAAUGAAAGCUAGAUUUAUUCUGAACUUAAAACCAGGUUAAUUUACGGAUAUGCCACCUUGUAUAACUACUAAAUGUUUAACGAAAUAUAAUCUUGUUCAUGAAAUGGCGUUUUCUGACAUUCCACUGGUUAUUAUGUAAAGUAAUAAUGCAAUAUAAUAUUUAUGGUCAUGUUAUUGAGGAUAUAGAUUUAGUUAUUUCCUUAAAAAUAUCGUUUUUUAAUAAAUCACGUUCCUUCAUUAUUUUUUGGCCCCCUUUUGUUUUAUAUUAUUUAUUUUAUUAGAAAAUAAAAGGUUUACAGCUUACACACCUUUCAUUUAUAACCAGUGUUCUUUUUACUAAUAUGUUCUUAUUAUCGUAGUUUUCACAAAACAUUUAAUUAUCCCAUCAUUACGCUCAUUGGUAAUGUUAUUUUCGUUAAUACUCGUUUAGAUAUAGUUAUGAAAUUUAGUUAUGAAGGCUUGAUAGUAAAAAGAUAUUCGAAUUUUCAUAACUGAUUUUUAAGAAAAAUCUUUAAACACUGCUAUCUAUUCUAAUAUUUGCAUAUGAAACUAUACAGGAGAAAUUUUAGUAGAACGCAGUCUAUCAUGUGUUUAAUAUACUUCAUGUACGAAGAUCAUGUUAACUGGCAAUUGCCAGCUUACGUUUCCAUUAUUGUAUGACAGCGAUUAAUGACAUGAACAACCUUUUGUCCGAGUUGUAUCUGGCAGUUGGUGUAUAAUGUGGCAGACGAUUGUUCAUCACUUGUUUUAAUAAUGGAUGUUCUAAAAAUUAUCAGUACUAUCGAAUGCAUGUAAGUUUUUUUUUUUUUUCUUAUUACCGGUGAUGUCACUCACAUCAUAUCUCAUUCUAAAUCUUGAAGAGAGAGAAAUAUAGUAUUCUGGGGUGUUACGAACGACCAAAACUUGUAUUUCCACUGAAUCAAGUUCCCAAUCAUUUCAAGUGUCAUAGGCCAAAGUGGAAAGGUGAUUUUAGAAUAAAACCCAUUGUUAACCAAUACUUGAAAACAAGUUUCUAAGCUUGAUAAGGGUUGCAUGAAAUACAAAUCCACUGACAUAGCAUGAAAACAUUUCCCAGUCUUUCGCACAGUCAUGCGUAACUUUGCGAACACUUUCAUGACACAACCAGAAAUGUUAUAUCACAUUAUCGUCUUAAAGAUGGAAGACUCCGUACUCUCUUUCUCUUUUAUUUAAUUUUCCUGACGCCCUCGACGAAUAAAGAUUUAUAUUUAUUUGUAA